AUGUCUAUAUUUCGCCAACUCCCUAGCCCCGAAGUUGACGCUGCGUGGCAGCACGUCUCAACUCUCGGUCAGGUUUUUCUUACCACGGAGGAGGUGAUCAAGUUGGGGAAGGACCCAACCAUGGCAGUUCGAGCAAAUGAUCAACCGGACAAACAUAUCGGUUUGGUUAAUGGUUUUCACGAGAUCCAUUGCUUGAACAUGUUGCGUCAAAAUCUUCAUCGCGAUUACUACUGGCCUGAAGGGGUUGAGUCGCCUUACCAAUGGAUUCACGUUUAUCAUUGUCUUUAUAUCAUUCUCCAAUCUUUGACCUGCGACGUGAACACGGAUAUCGCCACCUACAACUGGGUGGAAACGAGGCAGGAUCCUGUGUGGGAUUUCUCGGUCAAUAGAGUCUGUCGGGAUUUUGAUGCCUUACUAGAGUGGCACAAUCGAACCACUCGCCCGAUUGAUGAUUACUCCUUUCGCCGCAUUGGAGGUGAAAAGGAGCUUCCGGUACCUGAGCAGUUGAAGCGGAUUCAAGCGCAUGGGCCAAGCCCCCGCGUGGGUAUCAAGACAGACCCCGCCCUCCUGGGUUCUUUUGAGGCUUGGUAUUGA